CCACUUGCCCCUCUCUUUCUCCACAUCCCAUUCCCCGCCGGUCUCCCUCUCCGCAUCGCACCACAACAAACGCGCCCCCACCUUCCCCUUCCUUCUCGAACUCUCCCCACCCGUCGGCGUCGCGGAUCGCCGCCAUGGCCGCCGGCCUCGCCGUCUCCGUCCCCAUCGCUGCCCCUCCACCCACCCGCGCCUCCGCGACCGCCUACCGCGCGCGCCGCGCCUGCGCGAUCCCGUGCUCCUCCUACUCCAGCACCAGCAGCACCUUCAGAUCCUCGCCGCUCCGCGCGAUUACCGGCCUCUCCGGGAGCCGACGGUGCGCCGGCCGCGGCGCGUCCGUAUUACGCGCCGUCCAGGGUCAGGACACCACCAUCGAAGAUGUGACAAAGUCAACAUGGCAAACACUUGUGAUGGAGAGUGAGCUUCCUGUCCUUGUUGAGUUCUGGGCUCCAUGGUGCGGGCCGUGCAAAAUGAUAGAUCCAGUUGUCGGCAAGCUCUCAAAGGACUACGAGGGGAAGCUGAGAUGCUACAAGCUCAACACAGACGAGAGCCCAGACAUAGCAAGCCAGUACGGGGUCCGGAGCAUCCCCACCAUGAUGAUAUUCAAGGACGGCGAGAAGAAGGAUUCGGUUAUCGGGGCUGUGCCCGAGAGCACGCUGACCACCUGCAUUGAGAAAUUCGUUGAGAGGUGAAAUGCCCCAGUGAUCUCUUGAGCACAGUUUCCUUUCAAAAAAACUGUGGUCAGAUCAGUGGACCCAUACACGGAACAGUCCUAUAUAUACCUGCUUGUAGAUAUUCGAAUCACAUUCGAUUAUUGUUUGAGGAAAGUGGCAUGGGUUGCUGUCCCACCCUAGCCUGGUCUUUGUUGGCUCCGAAGUGCGUGACAUGGACGUUCCAAGAACCACAUUCUAUCUUAUUAGAAUAUAUUUAUAUCUACAUCUUUCAUUGUGAUAA